AUGGCAGAUGAUUCACGGGAGCCGACAAAAACUAGUGAAGUCAUGGAUGCAACUGAACAAACCUCCAAGCUUCCAUCGCAACCAAAAACAAAGUACGAGCUUCCGAAGUCGCAAGUUGGGAAACUAUGGGAAGCCUUUGGCAGCCCAGAGGACCAGGUGAACAUGCUUCCCACGGCGCAUGGGAAGAAGGCCAACGAUAACUCGCUCACGGAAGCUUGGAAGACAUUUGAUGUGAAUAAAAAUGCAUCCACAUUCUAUAAGACGUCGUGUGGGCGAUCUUCUCUGCUUUACGGAAUUGGUGCUGCGUUUGGCAUUGGAGGGGUGAGGGGUGUUUUGGGAGGAAUGCGCUCUAUCCCGUCAGCAUGUAAUUGGGCAGCUGGCGCCUUCGUUGUUACGGCGCUCGCAUCCUUUGAAUUUUGCCGGUACAAUCGCAUACAAGAAUUGGAUAAUAUGAAGCAAGCUGUGCAGAUGAUGCAGGAGCUAAAGCUCAAGAAGCAACGAGAGAAGGAGGAAAAGGCGGCGGCGGAGGCCGCUCGUUUGGCGGAAGAUGAACGAAAACGCAAGAGUUGGAAGUUCUGGUAG